AUGCUGUCUUUCCUCAAUCCAUUGCCAUCGUUACCCCCAUACACUGGCCCAGAGAAAGUUGGGACUGCAGAAUAUGAAAUACCCUUUUCUUCAUUAGGCUUGAGCCCGACUCCAAAAGAACUGCUAGCAUCGACAGUCAAAUUUCGAGUGUUCUACCCGACCAGAAAUGUCGCCGAUAUUGCUUGUGGUGUGCCAUGGCUUCCAGAGCCUCAAACAGCGCAUCUCGAUGGAUAUCUUCGUCUGGCUCGUCUGGGCCCGUGGUUGUCAAAGAUACUUCUCUCAGUCCCGUUGUAUCUGCGAUCGACAAUGAUGCCAGCAUAUAAGAAUGCGGCAUUGCACCACGAGGAUAGUCCACUGCCGGUGUUGAUAUUCUCGCACGGCUUGGUAGGCUGUUUGAACAGCCAUAGUGCUCUUCUCGGCGACCUUGCUUCUCGCGGGGUGAUUUGCGUCGCUGUCGAUCAUCGUGACGGAAGUGGUGCUUUAUCACUGGCACGCAAUGAAGGCUCAAAGGCAGCCAUUGAUCAACCGGCGGAGAUGACCUCCAUUUACUACAAGAACAUAUCGCUGAAAAUCAGACCAGGAGUCUGGGAUGCGCGCGAUACGCAAUUUCAGAUUCGCCUUUUCGAACUUUCGGCAACGUAUAAAGCGUUGGAAAUUCUAAACAGAGGAGAGGUUUUGACGAAUCUAGCUGGCGCCCCGGGAAUACCAAAUGUCAUUCCGACUUCAUCAUUAAAUCUCAAACCAGGCGAGGUCAUCUGGGCCGGCCACUCUUUUGGGGGUGCGACUCUCAUUCAGUUCAUCAAAACCAUUUACUAUGAGGGUGGAGCACAAGUCGCAAAGCAAGACAGCGGAAUUACUCCAUCAGACCAGUCGCUACUACUGCACCCUGCAUCCGCCAGCCUUGUUGAACAGAUCAAAACGACAUCUCCCGUGAUUCUGCUUGAUCCAUGGUUUAUGCCUCUUCGAUCACCGAGGACGAAGGCACUGCACUGGAAACCUCUUCCCUGCCACGAUACAACCGCAGACCAAGCAUAUGGACAGUCGCCCACGACCAUCGCCGUGCUCUCAUCCGAAUGUGCAUGGCACUGGCCACAAGUCCACUCACACAUGCCUCAAAUUCUGGCUCCCAACCCACAAACCGUCAAGACAGAGACGGAAGCGGAGACGAUUGAACUGUUCAAGGACUUGGUGACGCCGCGACACUUUAUGGACGAAUCCAAGCGAAAGAAUGGAAAAUCGAGAGUGACAGAGAAACAUGUUGGGGAUCGCGAGCCAUCUCCUGCAGGAGCGUUUGUAUUGCACGACACGACACACGUCACAUUGUCGGAUUUUGGACUGCUGUUUCCGUGGAUCACAUGGUGGUUUACGGGCCAGAAGGAGCCAGAGUUGGCGAAUUGGAAUGUUGUGCGUUCUGUUUUGAAAGUAGCGGGUUUGGAGGACAGGGCUGGUGAUAAUGGUGGUUACGGAAGUCAGCUGCAGGCUGACGCACAGCUGGAGCGGAUAUAUUAUUGA